CGGGCGGGGCGGGGCGGGGCGGGGCGGCUAGGGAGUUGCUCCGCGACCACGUGACCAGCACUAACAUGGCGGCGCCCAGCGGCGUCCACCUGCUCGUCCGCAGAGGUUAUCAUAGAAUUCUGUCUUCACCAUUCAAUCAUAUCUACUUACACAAGCAGUCAAGCAGUCAACAAAGAAGAAAUUUCUUUUUCCGGAGACAAAGAGAUAUUUCACACAGUAUAGUUUUGCCGGCCGCAGCUUCUCCAGCCCACCCAGUGCCUGAGCACAUAAAGAAGCCAGACUAUGUGACGACAGGCAUUGUACCCGACUGGGGAGACAGCAUAGAAGUUAAGAAUGAAGAUCAGAUUCAAGGGCUUCGUCAGGCUUGUCAGCUGGCCCGUCGUGUCCUCCUCCUGGCUGGGAAGAGUUUAAAGGUUGACAUGACAACUGAAGAGAUAGAUGCUCUUGUCCAUCAGGAAAUCAUCAGUCAUGAUGCUUAUCCCUCACCUCUAGGCUACGGAGGUUUUCCAAAAUCUGUUUGUACCUCUGUAAACAACGUGCUAUGUCAUGGUAUUCCUGACAGUCGACCUCUUCAGGAUGGAGAUAUUAUCAACAUUGAUGUCACGGUCUAUUACAAUGGCUACCAUGGAGAUACCUCUGAAACAUUUUUGGUGGGCAAUGUGGACGAAUGUGGUAAAAAGUUAGUGGAGGUUGCCAGGAGGUGUAGAGAUGAAGCAAUUGCAGCUUGCAGAGCGGGGGCUCCCUUCUCUGUAAUUGGAAACACAAUCAGGCAAGAUCUCAAGGGAGUAAAUAAACAAUCUCCACCUUUAAGCCAAAAGUACUUGGAAUCAUUACAGACCGAAGGUUUACAAGCAUCUUUCAACCAGCCUUACUUAUUUUAAGAUAUUUACCAUCUUUCGCACAAAUUCCUUCUCCUGAUACACCAUGAAAAGAACAUGCAAGCAUCUUUUAUGAGUAGUACAUCACCAAAAACCGAGUGAUCUUUAUGGGAAAUUUUGAAAUUCUCUGAAGCCUGUAAGGAUGGGAUGAUAUCUCCGGAGAAACACUGGCUAAAAUAGUUUAAUGAAAAGAGUUCUCUCUGUGCCCUUGUGCUUCAUGAGGGAUGGCUAGUGAUGUUUGGGCUACAGUGUUACCAUACUCCCUGUACCUCCAUUUGCUUUAAAUUAUUUCUAAAUCCGUGUAUUUGUAAUUAUCUCUAGAUGAUAUGAUCCAUGCAUAUGAGAAUACUGUGAAUGUGUAGAUUCACGCAUCCCAAAUAUGUGACAGUUCAAUCAAAAAUAAUUUAAACUUACAGUUGUAAAUGUCAUGAUGAAAGUAUCAAUAAAUGGUUUUUAAUGUUUAAUUCAUAAGUAUAUGUUUUGAUAUUAAUUUAGAAGAAUAUAAAGCAGAUUUUUAAAAAUAAUCUCUUUCUAUUAGAUUAUGCACAUUUAAACAAUAAGUGGCUCAGGCAAAAUAAGUCAUUUUAAUGUCAUCCGUGAUGGAUUUUUCUUGACAGCUACUGUAAAUUACAAUUACACUGCUUCCCUCUGCACACGAAAGUAAGCACUGCAAUAAAUUAUCUUUUAUUUCAACCCAUCAUGUCUGCUUUUCGGAAACAGAAAACCUCAAAUAAAAGUUCAGCACUAUUGUAAGAAAAAUACAGUAAUUUGUGAUCCAGCUUGAGACAUAAACGUGUACCGUUCUUUUGGAAAACGGUUGUUGGCUUUCAAAAAUAUUACUAAUUGUACUUAAACAUUACUUGUCAUUAGAGGGAUUCCUUGGACUUGUGCAUUCCUUCAUUCAAAGCUGACUGCUUAAAAUAAAAAUCUGGAAAGACUGAGGUAAAAUUCUGUAACUUGGAAGAUCAGGUGCCAUUUAAUCAGAGAUACGACUGUUUGGAAAUUGGUGCUGUUUAUAGGAUUCACGUAGAAAUGGUGAUAAAACUAUUUCCGUGUGCAUUUUUAUUUCUUUAGAAGAGCAUGCACUUAAAUACAGUACUCCUCUGCCCUCUUGGCGAAUGUAUCCUUAGUCAUAAAAUGUAGCUGAAAUGUAUUAAGAGUUUUAAUUUCUCCAGACAAUACUUCAAUUGAGGAAAACUACCUCACGAAAGGGAAUUAAACUGAAGAAAACAGUCACAAGAUGAAAUUCCUUAAGAGAGAUUUCUCUUUCAACUAUAAACUGUAACUGAAACAUGAACUAUAAUAAUAGUAUAAUUUGAAAGUAAGUUCAUAGACUAUGUUUAUACACUUCCUUCUUCCUUCCCCCUCUUCUCUCACCCCAAAUAGUCCCUAUGAAGGACUUCAAGUCAUAAACGUGCUCAGGCUCAUAGGUAAACGUACUGCCUGAGAGGAUUUCUAGUGAGGGAAAAUCAGAACAAAACAGCUAAUGCCAGGAGAAUUCUUUUCAGUAGAUUUCAGCAGAAAGAAGGCAGAUCUCAUGAGUGGAAUGUCCAGGACAAGAAGACCCUUGUGCUCAGAAAUGGUCAAGGCCCUGUAAUGGCUGGUGUUGGGGCGCCACGGAGGCAUUUCUUGGGCACCCCUGCCCGUCCAGCUGUUUCCAUUUUCCUCACCACACCAGUUAAGAAAAGCACACAUGCUCCACCUUCCCAUGCCACAGUCAGGGUUACCACUACUUGCUUUCCUGUUAGAGCGGGACCUGCUAUUACAGGUCCCUUGGAUUAUCUCCAUGAAAUUAGAUUUGGACCCUAGAAUCAGGUAGAUAAUCUUGUGUUUCCCAUAUAUUCCAAAGUAGUAGAAGGAGCAUUAUUUUAAGUAGGAAUUAGGGACAUUAAUGAGAUUUAAUGGCAUUUAGUCCCAGUAAGUAUGUGUUGAAAAGCUCACUACAAAUCCAAAAGGAAAAUACCCUGAAAAAGCAGAUAGAAGUAUAUACUUAGCUUCUGGGAAUCAAGCAUUGAGAUGGGUGCUUAGCCAAGGAGCUGAGUGAAAUUUGUCCGGUUCUUUUCUUCUUUCCACCCGGCUGUGAAAUCCUGACCUUUGCGUUCAUGACGCAUACAUUCUAUGAUACUCCUAUGACCAUAAGUUCCAGCAGGAUCCAGGCAGCAAAUCGUUGUAGGAGAAUGCACUCAAAUAUCUUUAGCCACCUUGUAAUUGCCCAGCUUUUUUUAUGAAGAGGAAUGAGAGGGAUGAUGGCAGAGGGAACCCAAGUGUUUUUUCAGAGUGGGUUUUCUUCUUCUCCUUUCAUCAGAAAUUAAAACGAAGAUUGCCAUUGUAACACACAUUUAAGAUGUAGCCGUGAUGCCUACCAAUCAGUUAGAUCCCAGGGUUUUUUUUUAGGGUUUUGUUUUGUUUUGUUUUGUU